AUGUCUGCGCAGGAUCAGAGUGCUGCCAGGAAAUCCUCGAUCUUGUCCAACAAGCAAGUGAGUAAAUUCGCAUACACCGACGCGGACGAGAGGAGAAACUUGGAGGGCAGCGAGAGCCAUUACAGACAGUUGAAGAAGGGAGCCAACGAGUGCACCAAAACCCUCAACAGAGGUGUUUCGGAGAUUGUGGUGCUAGCUGGCGACACAGUGAGGAUUCUCGACCACCGAGCCCGCCCUUCGUACCAAGUACUGAUUGUUCUGCAGGUUCCGCUGGCAAUCCUUCUGCACAUUCCGCUGCUUUGUGAAGACAAGAACGUUCCUUACGUUUAUGUCCCAUCAAAGAUCGCCCUUGGUCGAGCUUGCAACGUGAGCAGAGCUGUCAUCGCGUGCUCGAUUACGACGAACGAAGCCUCGGAGCUCACGAACCAGAUCCGCGCCCUGAAGGAUAAGGUUGAACGCCUGAUGAUUUAA